AGGUCAGGAGGUGAGAUUUUCAAGUUUACAAUUUAUUUUUUCCCGGGGAUUUUUCACUUCAAUUUUACGAGAGUUUUAUUGUUAAUGCGAAGCGUAAAUGUCACUGUUCUCUUCUUUUGACUCAUAGAUACCCGUCUUCUGACUUAACUUAGCCUUAGUAACUUGUAGACGAUCCCAAUUCGCACUCGGUCAAUUCACGACUUUUCCACGUGUCCCCACAUGUUAAAAAAUAUGUUGGAACUUGGAUGAGCAAUUGAAGACGUUUGAUUUGAGUACAUACUGUAUAUAAAGGACUACAAUUGAACAACCAUGUUUGCCAGGGCUGGAUCCAGGAUUCUCCUAUUACGAAAGAAAAUAACAUUCUGUGUAUAUCAGAAUGCAUGCAACCGAUGGAGGCAUGGACUCGCAUCUACACAAAAUACUUCACUCCUGUUUAUUCACAGAGUGUUCAGACGAGCAGGACUAGUAGGAUUGGGAGGAUUAUGUGCUCUUCCUGUUCACAAUGUAAAGGAGGCUGGUGUGAAAGGAUUGCCUAAAGUUGAUCCAGAUGCUUUGACCAGUACUACACUAAUCAAGAAUGCUGCGGCCAUGACGGUUGAUGCUGCUUCUGCACUUCUCACCCAAACGUUUGUAGCUGUCAUCGACAAGUACAAGGAACUUGCAAAGGAUACUGAGCUUCUCAUGGAUAGAGUUCAGAAGCAUCGGCAAGUAGAGAAUCUUGGCUACCAUUCUGAAGAACUGUGGGAAGAGGUCAUCAGGGCAAGGGUCAACAUUGAUGAUCGCAGACAUGAGCUACAGGACCUUGAAGCUAUUUUAAACAGCGCCCUCUUAACCCUGGAGGCAGCAUCCGAAGCAGCCUUCCAGGCCGGCAACGAGGAACUAGCCAUGAUGGGGCGAGACAGAUGCCAGUACGUCAACACGCAGAUCGCCCUGACUCGAGCCGUCAUCCAGAAAGCGGAGACUGCUCUGGUGAAACUGCAAGCGGAGACUAUCAAGGAGACCAAAACAGAGAUGGAGGAUGCAGAUGCAGGCUCCUGUAAAUAGUCCGCAGAGGUAUGUUUCAUUUUAAGAUACUGGAAGUGUCUGGUGAAGCUGCAAGUAGAGACCAAACCCUCAAAGAAACAGACUGAGGGAGAUGUUGAUUCAGGAACAGGCUCCAGUAAAUAGGACAGAGAAGAGGAUUGUUACGGGCCCACAUCUCCAUAUGCAAGAUGUGCAAUCAAUCAUAGAACAUUAUUCUAUGAUUGAUUGUAUUGACUUCACUGUACAAUUAAAUUAUUGCGAUUAAUCGCCAGCCGUUGUGUUAUGGGGCCUAACGUUAGGUCUCCAUAUGCAAGUUUUGCAAUCGAUCACUAAGUGGCAAUAGACAACCAAGAUCUAGUUGUUGCAUGCACUCACCAGAGGAUUAUUUUCAAUGUGCCUAAUACCAAUUAAUCCAUUUACCAACUGUUCUAUCAUUUAGUUUACCAUCAGUUCAGCCACAUGGUCUAAUUGUCUUUUCGUCUAAUAACCAGUUGGUCAAAUAGCCAUAUAGUCCAAAUACUAUUUGGUGUAAUUGGACUCAUUGUUAAUUGGGCAAAAUGAAUGAAAAUAAAAUGGAUAUUAGACCAACUGGUUAUGAGACAAAAGGGUCAUAGACGAACUGGUGAUUAGACAAAAUGCUGAUGGACGAAAUGGCAUUUAGACUAAAUGAAGGUAGACCAUUUGAUGAGUGGACGAGUUGGCAAUAGACAAAUUGGCAAUUUACUCACCAGGAACCGGUCAGAUUUGUUCUUUUCGUGUUUGCAAUCCAUCCCCCUCCAUUUGCAAAUGGCUCCUAUCGCACCUUUGAAUGUUUUAACAGAAAUAUAGCGCAAUGUAAACGAUGUAGAUCAUCAUCAUCAUCGUCAUCCCAAACAAUAAUUGAACAACGAUCAUAUGGGCAGGGAAAAAUAUUAAUUGUGUCUGAUUAUUUUUUCUAUGUAAAUUCGUCCCAAUUUUUUGUGAAUGAAAAAUCUCUCUAAGUAUACAUAUGAUCGAUAUUGAUUUUUUUUUUUUGGGGGGGGCUUUCUGAGAUGACCACAGCAGAACUCACAAAUCAUCUUUUUCUCAAAAUUCUUACAGUAGGCCUACACAUAAUUCUGUUGUAAUCAUGGCAGCUUCUAAAUAUCCUAAUGUAUUAGCAUCAAAUUCAGCUACCGAUAGGCAGUUGAAGUAAAGCUAUUAGGAAAUCAAUUGCAGCUUUGAUCAUCCUGUGUUUAUUAGCGCAGGGGGGGGGGGGGCGUCUUCCUUGUCAAUUUAGGAAGUCCAUCGCGUCGAAGCCGGCUCCCUGUGGAAGUCACACAAUAAGAUUUCACAAUCUGCAGGAAAGAAAAAAAAUAAGGAUAACAUAGUUUAGUAGGUUUCACGGUACACCAUGUAUCUUUCUUGGGCUAGUGUUGGUCCUGAAAAGGACCACCCAAUCUCGACGUUUCGGCAAGUGUGUUCUUGUCGCUUGAGGAGAAUGUCGUCCUGAAGACGUCUUCAGGAGAAUUGUCAUCCUUGGAUUGCUGUUUAUCAUCAACAAAUCUAUUUCUUAUCCACUGACGAUAUGAAUAGUGCUGAUCUUGCACUUCCCUUUGCGCCAUCUCCAAAAUGACGCGCACUGCAGCGAUGCACUGGCUCAUUUACACUAUUAGCACUACCUUUCUUUAUCGUUAACGGCAUCACAUCCAUCAAGCUCCAUGAAAUCGGAUCAGGCUACAUGUUGUUUCCUACAGUGCUUACAUCCAUUACAAGGAAGAGAACUCAGCGUAUCUCUUCCAUCAUAGCACUCACACAUUUCUGGGCGGCUCGGUACAUGAGAUAAAGCAUCAGCAUUUGCAUGACUUAAAGUUGAAUUGUGAUUAGAUCUCUAACCAUCUAGCCAUUUGAUUGGAUCGCUCUCGAAAGGACAUUAUCCACCUAAGAGCACUAUGAUCAGUUCUCACCACAAAUUCACGUCCAAGUAGAUAGUGCCGAAAUUGAUGAACGAAAGCCACUCUCGAUUGCCUGUGGUCAUGAUAACAAAAAAGGGCACGAAGUUCAACUACAGUCAAGUAAUUUGAAGAGUUAAAAAAAGUUUCAUGGCAUCAUUCAUAACCCUUUUUUUUAAUGUGUUAGAUCAAAGUCUAUAGUAUAUUGUUAAAUUAUAUGUAAGGCCUAGACAUCUUCAAGCUCAAUAGAUAAAUCUAUUUCUAAUCUAUCGCAGUGUUGAGAGUCACAGAAAUUUUAAUCACUCCUUCAUCCACUUCACUUAUGAUGACCUUAAACUAGGCCCUAUCAAUUAUCAAAUAGAUGAAAUUCUCUGUAAUUACCUCAUUUCGUAGCUGAUACAAGGCUAAGGACCCUCUCCGUAUCGUCCUAGAGGCCGUGGACAAAUGUAUGCCGUGUAUUACGCUUGUGUUACUGGGCAUCGAGGUUUCAAAAUACCGUAGUGUUAUGAACACUUGCAAGCUUGCAGGCAGGCACAAUUCCGUCUUGUUUGAUGUUCGAUAUGGGGAGCGAGUCUGUUGAUGAUAUGAACGCAUCCCUGUCUGGAAAGCUAGAUGAUUUGGUGUGUUUGUGUAGGCAAAAAUGCUUCCUUCAUCAGUGCCACCCGGGCCGGGUCAUACCCUGGCUUCUAUCCAUUACGUUCUGAUUUAUUCGCUCUUCAGUCGUGAAGAAGUGACCCCUCACCACCCUCCAAUUGUCCUUUGCUCGCAAUUAAGGCUGCUUGCAAAGAAGUGGGGAUUAUUGUGUUGACUGGUGGGAGAGAUGGAACAGGUUGCAAAGGAGGUGUAGAGGCACAUUGAGCCUGGUGAGGGUGGGGCACUGACUGGGACUGCUUGGUUAAUUCACCAUUCAUUUUCAUUGUCGCCUCCCUUAUUUUAUUCAUCGACCAAUUGAUUUCAACAUAAUUAUGCAUAUCUCUUCAUUUUACAUUAUUUUUUUUUUUUAUUGUGAUCCUUAUUUUCUUCUUCUUGGACAUGAUUCUCUUUUCUAUCAUGACCCCCUUCUUCAUCACGAUCAAUGAGGGGUUCUGCAAAAUUGUGUAUUGUUGGAACCAUUGAGUGCACAGUAUGUUCCAGGAGUCACAAAAUGGCGGCAAUGAACAGGUUACACAUAUCCAAUUCUCAUUUUGGUUUUGAUACAGCCUAGUAUAUUCCUUUAAAGAGAUCUCGAGACAUUUAGUGUGAUACCACUUUUGACAAGUGAAACACAACAGUCCAUUUUGGUUAUUUUUAACAGGUUUCUUGCAAUGACCACAAGGGAAUUUAUAGUGCGGACCGGGAUUUGUUUCAACGUCGCCAGACAAUAAAAGACGAAAAAAGACUUGAUUAUGUGCCUGAUAUAUUGUUGUUUGAAAGGUGGCCACGGAAUUAUGAUAAUAUAAAAUUCGGGAGCGAAAGUAUUUUACGCGCUUAAACGAUUUGAUAGUAACAUUCAAAACCAGAUGAGACAUGGAAAGAACAUAAACGUGAAAUUAGAAAAUAAUAGAAAACAAAAUUCAUGACAUAUAUGUCAGCCACGCACACAAACACACACACACACCCUCACACACUCACACAAACGAGUUUUACAUAGUCUAGGCCUACAUCUUAUUCAUUGACUCGGCCAAAGUAUAUAAUGUCCUGGAGGGUCCAUGAAGCACUUGUAUAGUACGCUUGCAUCUACCACGUCCAAAAGUGAGAAUGACUGUAGCUGGUAUAAAUGCAGUUUUUGUGUUAGCAAGAAAUUGAUCCACAGUGUGCUGCACUCAACCCAGGUGAGGUAAAUGGGUAACCUAGCUGGCAGGAAUUUAUUCCUUGAAACGCUGAACACGUAACAGCUGCUCUGCUAAAGCCAGGGUAGUUCUGCUGCAUUACUGAAGAGCGCUUAGAGACUUCUGAUGUUAAGCGCUAUAUAAGCAAGUGUAAUUAUUACAAUUCUGAUGCUGUUAAAAAAACACAAGGAAUACGUCUGAUGCGGAAGACUACAGCUUCUAGGACACACCAUGGACUAGAGUAGUAGGUCCAUGGACACACACAUGCGUAGAGAGACAGAGCGAGAGAAAAUAAAACAAUAUCGACGAGGUCAUCAGGAUAAAAGAAUGUUAAUAGUCCUAGUGUAAGCAGGGAAGUGAGAGUGAUAAUGUGCAUAGACAAAUGUGUGCAGAAAAGUGUGGACAAAAAUAGGAGAGAACAUCCAAACGGCAAAAAUAGAUGAUUGCGUAUAUGUGGUGAUAGAACUGAAAGUAUUUUAUAUAACUGUUAUUGUUAGUGCCAAAAACUCCCUUUGUGUAGGACAAAUUUAUUACUCAAUAUUGUGGCUGAUUGGACAUCAAAGGGCUGCGCCUUGUAGAGGUAGCUGCAUGCAUGCAUGCAUGCAUGCAUGUACUCAAACAACAGUGAGUAGGUAGCAAAAUGAAACACAAAAUAUCCUCAUACGAAAACGGUCACAUAAUCCAAGAAAAAGCACGUUCAAAGAGCGGUGGCCAUGGCAAUGGAACGCAAGAGACAAAAACUCAAUGAUGACAUGGAUAAGCGUGAAAAUAAAUUGCGUGAAAUUCUUGAUGAAAAGCUCACUAGUCUACAGGUUCUUGAAAUAUCUAUCGAUACUAAAUGAAGCAACUCCGUGAUUUUGAAAAAUCGGUUUCUGAUAACAUGACUAACACCAUAAUGCUUUGUCAAAUAGGCUUGACCACAUCGAGCAGUACUCCUGUCGCAAUAAUAUCCGUAUCCGUACGAGAUUGUUCGAAAUAUAGCAAAGCAGAUUGGUAUCGAUCAUACUCCAUGCGACAUUGAUCGAUCCCAUCACCUUUGCCGACCAACUAGCAGUCAUGAUGUUCAACCCCAAGGAUCAUACCCCGGCAUGGCCCUGUAAUGCCAACUUAGCAGCUCCACCAAUCAAUGUGAAAUUCACUUCAUACAGGCCGAAACGAACGAUGAUAAAAAAUAGAAGAAAAUUAAAAUGCUCAGGAACAGAUGACUGGGUGCAGGCAGGCAAGGCAGUUCAGGUGGGAUGAAAAUUUAUUGGCAGGACACCUUCCGUUUCAAAUUACAGCAUCUGCAAAAAUAACAGAAGAGGAGAUACAUAAAAACCUUUUCUACAUAAACUAUUUAUUAAUCUUCAUUAAAAACUAGAUGGUUUCAAUAUUAAUUUCCAAUUUAUUUCAAAUGAUUAAAAAACGAUGUGGGGUUUGUUACAUAUUUUAUACUUCAAAUAUUAACAUGUAAAGUCAAGUCGGGGGGGGGGGGCAUGAUGCCCUCAAGACCUUUAACCAUCUCUGUAUGAGGAAGGAAAUUUUAGAAUCAAUUUAUUUGACACAUACAUGUAGAACAUAUUAUUUUUUUAUAAUUACGAUUUUAAUUCAUGCCUUUUUUUGUGUGUUUUAAAUGGUUAUGGGGUUGUCAGGACUGAGAAUUUGAACUUCGAGGCCGAAAUACAGCCAUUCCCUAUGCCUGAUUUGGCUUAAACUCAGGUCAAGGGUCAAUAAAAUGUAUAUUUUGCAAAAAAAUCCGACAAAUUUUGAGGUGAAAUUAGUUUUCUGGCAUCGCGAGAUCGACCAAUGCAAAAUUUUAUUAGCGCCAAUUUACCAUCUAAACUUGUCAUUGAAAUUAGAACGUCCAAACCGAUCCACUACGUCAGCCUGGAAUCUAGUACCAGUACUAGCACAAUCAAUCAGCUAUGCAUGUGCACCAAUUCUGUAUUUCUUGCAUACGUACGUCACUCGAUUUAAAGUUCAUGUCAUUGCGUUAUAUAGCGUGAGAAUUGUAAGAAAGUGAUCCUUCAAAAUUUUUACCUUCCUACGAUUAACAUUUUUUAAGCCUUUGUAUGCAUUUAGAGUACAAAAGCUUACAAAUUGGACAAAUUAAAUGUUUGCCCCAAAAUUAUUGUGGGAAAGGUGGAUUUUUUAGGGAAAUCCAUCUUAGUGUACAAAGUUCUACAGGCAUAAUCUGGUCAUAAUAUUUACUUGUCGUAAAUUGGUCAGUAAAUGACGUUGUAAUCAUGUCAUAAUCUGGAAUGGCACUUGAUAUUCUUCUCUGGCUAGACUUGUCUGCACUAGAAUGAAACAUUUCCACUAGGCAUUUUCCUGCUGGUUGACAACCAAGAUGCUCAUUUAGCCAGCCCAAGAUUUCAGUGACAUGUGAUAUGGUCCUGUAUAAGUUGAAAUAAAGAAAGAACAAAAAAGAGUAAAGAAUUUGCAUUUCCAUUAUCAUUUCCCAUCAGGAUGAUAUUCAGGAUUGCAUUGUAUAUGAGGUAGGCUAGGAGGAUACGUUGCACACCUGGAAGGUCUAUACCCAGACCAAAGAAGACUGUUGCCACGUCUCUGUGUUUUAUCAUCAGGAAUGGCACUUAUUAUUAUUCUUAGGCUUGACACAUCUGUGCUGGCAUGAAACGUUUCCACUAGCCAUUUUCCUUCUUGUCGACAACCAAGUUGCUCAUUUAGCCAGCCCAAGAUUUUGGUGACUUGUGUGAUGCUCUUGUAUGAAUUCCUUCAUCACACUGUGGUGGAAUUAACACUGGAACCGUCCUUCCUCUCUUUCCUCUUGUGUAGAAAACUGUAAGGUUCUGCGUUAAGUGUUGCUCCAGAGGGGAGAGGUUCUGCUUGAUCUCUUUCGUAGUUGAUCGCCUCGUUCUCUGUGUGUAUGAUUUUAAUCUAAAGAACAAAAAAAAGAUAGAAAAAGAAAAGAAAUAGACAAAUUAUGAUCUAUUCUUUUAAAAGAAAGCGUGCCUGCUUCAGGGGCUGAAGCCCACUUGUCUCCGCCAGGGGCUCCGCCGUGGUUCCUUCAAAUUCAAAUUUAUCAUAAAAACACAUUACAAAAUUUAUAAAGUGAGAUAAAAAGUAAGAAUUAGGAUGACAAAACAUAAUGAGAGUGUAAGGGGUAGCAGAAAGGAAGAGAUUCCUUGUAUAAUUGCUACCCCCAACAAAAUCCUCAAGUUACGAAUUAUUGUAAUAAACACAGCCAAUCAGGAUGACAGUUCCAUGAAAUGGAGCUCGAAGUUCUUGUAGUUAAUGCUGUCAAGACCAACAUCAAAGAGGUCAUCAGGGGAUUUAAUCGUUUUGAAUUCAUCAAGUUAUUGUAAUAAACACAAGCCAAUCAGGAUGACAGUUCCGUGAAAUGGAGCUCGAAGUUCUUGUAGUUAAUGCUGUCAAGACCUACAUCAAAGAGGUCAUCAGGGGAUUUAAUCGUUUUGAAUUCAUCAAGUUAUUGUAAUAAACACAAGCCAAUCAGGAUGACAGUUCUAUGAAAUGGAGCUCGAAGUUCUUGUAGUUAAUGCUGUCAAGACCAACAUCAAAGAGGUCAUCAGGGGAUUUGAUCGUUUUGAAUUCAUCAAGUUAUUGUAAUAAACACAAGCCAAUCAGGAUGACAGUUCCAUGAAAUGGAGGUGUUCUUGUAGUUAAUGCUGUCAAGACCAACAUCAAAGAGGUCAUCAGGGGAUUUAAUCGUUUUGUAUUCAUCAUUAGUGAGCUUGCAUACAAUGUUGCCGUUGCUAGUUGAUACUCUCUUCACAUGGGGACUGGACUUUGCCGCAUGGAGGACAGCAAGUCUCAUUGGGGUGAUGUCUUCAUUGGUAACAGUAAAUCUUUUCAAAAUGAACGAAUCUUUGUUCAUUUUUGUUUAAAAUUUCACCUAUCUGAUUCUUAGAAUUUUUAAUCACAUUUCUGCGCUCAGUCAUCCACUUAUCUCACUUAUUGAUCUUUGUCCAAUACACACACUCCUAUUCCUUCCAUAAAUGAGUUUACUUGAGCGAGAAAAAAAAUGAAACACAUG